UGCUUAUCUUCCCUUUCGACCCUGUGACAUGUUAUUUUCUUUUCAAGCAGGGCUUUGAAAUUGAGUGCAGUCAGACCCCUUUGCGCUGAAACACUUCACAGGAGGUGGUAUUUUGUUAGAUUGCAGCUUUCUCCACUUCUUAUACGGCUGUUUUGACAGCUUGUGGAGUUGACAUCAGUUGAGAAACUUACUUCAGCGAUAGUCACCCAGUUCUGUCGAGUCGCUCUAGAGUUCUAAAGCAGAUUUUGCUGACAGGUGUUGAACAUCUCACCCUGAGGAAAAGAGAUGGAGGCUGACAUCUUUGAGUAUCACAAAGAGGAAGACACUGUUGACAUCAAGUCUUUUCAGGAAGAGAAGCAGAAGCUCAUUCAGCCAACAGCUUUAAAAGACCCCAAACUUGCAAAGCUAAAAGAGGCGCUGGUAAAUUGGAUCAAUAGCACUUUGAAACCAGAACACAUAGUGGUUCAGAGUCUGGAGGAGGAUCUGUACGAUGGUCUGGUGCUUCACCACAUGCUGUCCAGGCUGGCCGGGGUGGAUGUGCCCGUGGAGGAGAUGGCGCUGACCAGCCCUGCUCAGAUACGCAAGCUGGGACUGGUCCUGGAGGAGCUGGACCAGAGACUGGGCCUGCAGGACGACAGCCCGAUCAAGUGGAACGUCAAACUCAUCCACAACAAAGACCUUUUGGCCACUAUUCAUCUGCUGGUUGCCAUGGUGAGAUCUUUCCAGCCUGAUCUGGAUUUGCCUCCCAAUGUGAAUGUUGAAGUUAUUAUUAUGGAGGUGAGCAAAAGUGGAAUCAAAUCCGAUGUACAGACGGAGGUCCUGACAGACGAGAGGGAAGCAGGGCCAGAAUCCCUUAUGAAGAGUGAAAGGGAAGAUCCCAUCGACAAACUGCUGAAGCUUGAGGCUCACAAGGUCAACACGGUGAAGAAGGCCAUCUUAUACUUUGUCAACCAGAACAUGCAAACGCUGGGUCUGCAGGUGGCUAAUAUGGACAAACAGUUUGCUGACGGUGUGAUUCUGCUGCUGCUGAUCGGACAGCUGGAAGGCUUCUUCAUCCCGCUCUGUGACUUCAAUCUGACGCCUGUCAAUCACUCUGAGAUGGUUCACAAUGUGACCUUGGCCUUGGAUCUCCUUAAUAAUUUAGGCCUGAAAGUGUCCAGUGUUGAUCCACAAGAUAUUGUGUCUCAGGACGUCACUGCCACCUUGAAGGUCCUGUACGCUCUGUUCAAGAAGCACAAAGGGAAAUGAGAGACGAAGAGGAGCUCAACAACCACGGGAAAAAACCAGAGUGGAAGUGUUGACCAGCUGGUGGUUUCUUCUGUCUCUAAACUGUAAAUACUGUACAUUAUUUAAACAGGACAUUUUGAAACAUUCAAAUGUUUUUAUAGACAUUUUCUAAGGCUUUCAAGCUGCUUUAAAAUAACAUAGGCUGGGGGUAUGAUGUCAUUUAAUAUAUGGAUAACCAUAUACAAUCUGUCUUUACUUGAAGAGACUCACAGUGUUGGGCUCUAUGAAAGAUGACAUACUGUACAUUGUUGUGUAAAGGGUGGGAGAAGAGCUCGAAAGGGAACUUGAAUCCCUGCUUACAGCAUUUUCUCACCGGCACACAGCUGACAAAUCUCUGUGUGAAGUGGGUGUGAAUAAUCGAUCAUUGGUUUUUGAAAAGAGUCAGAAAUGGUUGGACACAGCUUCUCUAACCUGACGUCUGUAAAAUGUGAAAAGCAGUGAAGGAGCAUAUCGGCUCCUUGAAAUUUAACCUUCUUUAUUCACAUUUAAAUGUGGUCUAUUCUAUAAUAGUGUACAUGUUAGUGUAGCCUUUGUUAUUUCCUUUAUUCAACCGUCUCUUGCUCUCUUUACACCACUCUAUUUCCAUUUCAGUGUGACACUGCUGCAACACGCCUCUUUUAAUUCUUGCUUUAGGAAACCAUCGUCCUUGAGUGCCUCCUCUCAAACAAACAAUGUGAAUGCAUUCCUCUGCUUCCUCUAUGUGUUCCUGCUGACAGUCUGCGACCUCCUCUUUAUGUAGUCUGUGGAGGCUUUUGUCAUUUCUGUCUCUAUUUUUGUGUGUGCCAAUGAAUUGUUCUCAACUCAAUGUCACACAAAUGUGGAGAGGGUGCGGCAGGCAGCCAUCGAGGGAGGCUCGAAAAUGAGAGCCAGACAAUAGACGUGAUUUCAUCAAAGCAUAUUUUGCAAAUUACGUGUUAAAUAAAAAAUAAAAAAGUGAACUGGGAAAAUCCACUUAAUUCUCCUCUGGUGUCGCAAAGAGGGGUAAUUUCUGUGUUUGAAAUAUAUUUAUGCAAACCGUUCGUGACUUGUUAAAUAAUGUCUCUCGCGCACUGACGAUCUGGUUUAGUUUUUCUACAUUAAUCUUGUGUAUUAGCAAAUUGCAGCGUGAACAAUUGUUGUUGUCUUGAGGUUAAACAAACAACAAACAGUAACAACCGCCACUUUCACACUUUUUAUUCAGUUCACCCCGUUUCCAUGCAGAUGUGUUGUUGACAUUCAAGAAGCCAAUCUAUUUGUUUCCACCAAGGUGAUAGAAAAUAGUCUGAAUUCACAUUUUAUUUCCCCUGACAUUUCAAAAGGUUUGCAUAAAAUUUGCCUCGCAGUCGGGUGGAAACAGAUAGAAAGAGACAUUGGAAGUGCGUGUUGCUCGUGGUAACCAUGUAAAUUGACCAUUAUAGUUGGUAGUAUUAUAAAAUAAAAAUGGCUUCUUUUCUGUUUACCAGUGAAAAAACCUUUUGGACUCCUCAACCUGAGGGAUUUAGUUCUACAUGUGUAUGUUGAAAUGUACAUCGUAUAUGUUAGGGAAUAAUUUGCUUAGGUAUUCAACCUUCGAACCAGUUCAUUGUUUUCUC